AUGGACGAUUAUACCAGAGAGAUGAUGGAUCUCAAGACCUUGGUCACUCGAACCCUAGAGAAGAAGGGCGUUCUCGCCAAGAUCCGGGCUGAGCUCCGCAGGCUGCUAUCUGCAUUGAUUUGUGAAUAUUUGGACUGGGCGCAACUAAAUCAUACGCUCAAAGUUUAUCAACCAGAAUGCAAUUUGCCAAAAGAUUCUUGGAAGUCUGAGCUGCGCGACUUUAGUAGCAACAAUGGCUAUGAGCUCAACAGAAAUGGAGGUAGUGGACCUCUCCUUCUGGAUGUUCUUGAAGGAUUCUUGAAUUUCGAGAAAACACAGGCCGUGGGUGGUGGUAGUUCAAGAAGAGAGUCAGAAACCGAGUCCUCAUCGAAUAGCUUACCUACUCAACGAAGGUCGAUUUCUGCAUCUCAAGCAUCGGAGCGAAGAGGAGACAAUUGGAGAUAUGACAGUGAAGAUGGAACGGAAGAGGUAAUGAGAGCUUCAGCGGCGCUGGAAAAUCUGCAACUCGACAGGAAAACUCGGAACCUAACAUCAUCGUGGAGGGAUGGAACAAGUGAAGAAGAAGAAGAAGGGAAAGAUUAA